UCUAUGUCAUCAUCGAUCGAGAAAAACUAAAGGCCAGAAAUAAAAUCACUACGAAAUUCACGUUCGAGGAGGAUUUCAGUGAAAACCCUAGCAGCUGUUAAGAUUCUGGUGUUUUACACGUGAAACGUUUAUUCGUAGACAGUCCACUGCACCGGGAGCGGUUUGUUUGUUGUGAAAAAACAGUAAUAGAAGAGUUACAUGCGAAGCAUUUUAAUCGGGAUUCAAAUCGAAUUAAACAAUAUGUUUGAGUGGUUUACUAUCCAGUAGUUUUUAAAAUAGGCUAGAAUUUAAGCCAAAACUAUACAUUCUGAAAGAAAUUCAUCCCGAAAGAUGCUGUGCUACGAGGGCAAGUUGAGCCUGUACUGCUUCAUGAGUGCAGUUUUCAGCCUGGUGCUGCUUUGGAUCUUUUUCGAUUUGGGAGUGUUUCCCGGGCCAAUCGGAUUCUGGAGUCGAGCGGUGCUACUGACCGUGUACUAUGUACUGCUAAAUGUUAUCAUACGCCUAAAAUUUACGACCAAAGAUUAUCAAGUUGCAGUUCGUGCCACUUUCCUCGGUGCGGUAUUUACACUGGGAAUCAUCAUCUUCCAGAGUUGCGAUGAGCAGUACAAAUCGUUUGGUGUGUACACCACCCUGAUGGCACUUUUCCAUUAUUCCGAAUAUCUGGGAAUAGCAUUUUGUAAUCCGAAGACACUGUCGCCCGAUUCGUUCAUCCUGAACCACUCGAUUCACUAUGCACUAGCUGCCACGGCCAGUUGGUUGGAGUAUUUUGUCGAAGUUUAUUACUUUCCAGAGAUGAAGACCCAUAAAAUACUAUGGCUGAUUGGAUUGCUUCUCUGUUUAGGAGGUGAGGCCCUGCGGAAACUGGCCAUGAUUACGGCUAGUAAAAAUUUUAGUCACAUCGUUCAAUUUGAGCGACAUCAAGGUCAUGAACUCGUCACAACCGGAGUGUACAGUUUGAUGAGGCAUCCUUCCUAUGUGGGCUGGUUCUGGUGGUCCAUUGGAACGCAGGUUGUUCUGGAUAAUCCAGUAUGCUUCGUAAUGUACACCGUCGCCAGCUGGAAGUUCUUCCACGAUCGAAUCUUUAUGGAGGAGAUUACAUUGCUGAACUUUUUCGGUGAAGACUACUACAAGUAUCAGCAGCGGGUACCGACCGGAUUGCCCUUUAUCCGGGGCUUCAAGGUGGAACUGUGAUAUUUCGAGCGGGAUCAUCCUCAGGACGAACGUUACGAUGGCGAUGAAGACGAUUACGAUGAUGAUAGCGGAGAAGCAACUGACAACAGCCAGGGGACGGGACGGACGGAGAACUGUGAUGAUGCUUCCGAGCGUCGGUUGGAUGAGAAAGCGAGGAAGAGUUGGCUGUGCAGGGACAGCACAAUGAUCAAAUUGAGGGAUAGUGACGCUUGGGAAGGCGACGGUCUGAACAGGGAUGAUCGCGACAAUAUGACGGGCAGCUUCUACCAUGGGCGCAACCGGCCUUAUUCAGGGAGUUAUGAUAACGUGUACGAUGAGUCAACCAUAGUCUAAGAGUGCUAAAUGGCAAAUGCAACGUGCUUCGAAUGUCCAUAUGUACGUACAGAAUGUGCGAGGUUUAUGCGCUUUGUUCAUUUUUAUACUCAGUCAGUUUUGUUCCAUCCAUUUGUGUUGGACUUUUUCUUCUGUAUAAAAUGCACAGAUGUCUUCUAAUAUUUAAAAUUCAGUCAUUAUUAAGUAAUAAUAUACAAUUGAACAAUAAAGUAAAAGUUUAUAACUUUAGAAA